ACCCCAAAGACCCUCUGACCCAAUUGGGAUCCAGUCCUCGCAUUCUCAUUACAGCCUCCCGAAUGGUCUCCACUGUCUGGGUCAUGUGAUUGCCUGCUGUCUGUAGCCUUGGCCAGCCCCGUGCAGGAGAGAAGCAUCUUGAGACGCUCUGCACUUGUCUGCUGCUAAACAAGGACAAACAUAACAAGGACAAGUGAGAAAGACUUCCACGGUGUCAGAAAGGCUGCAUGUGUGUUUGGAGGUAAUGGGGACACUUCGGGACCUCCAAUUUGCCCUUCAAUUAAAGAUUGAAGAGCUCCGCCAGAGGGACACACUAAUAGAUGAGUUAGAGUUGGAGUUGGAUACAAAGGAUGAACUCAUUCGGAGACUGCAGGAAGAACUGGAUCGCUCCAGAGCCACCGUCUCCCUCCCAGGAUCCUCUGCAGCCAGUGCAGCUUGCUCAGCUCAAAGUGAGGACUCGCAGCGAGCCAAUAGAAAAACCGUCAUUUCUGAGCCCUUCACUCUGGACCCGGUGACUCUCACCAUGGUUUCACAUAGAAGCUGUGACAAAAGCCAGGCGUCUCAAAUGUUGAUCCAGUCAUCAUUUUUGAGGAAUGACUUGUUGAAGAACCUUGACGAAGGAGAAAUCAGAAGCAUUAUAUCCUGUAUGUAUCAAACCACGAUCCCUCAAGGCUGUUAUGUCAUUCAGGAAGGGGCCAACGGUGCUCAGGCAUAUGUUUUAGAAGAAGGGUGGCUAGAUAUGAAGAAAGACGGACUUAAGCUUCUCACAAUUGAGCCAGAAGACAUGUUUGGGGAGCUGGCCCUCUUCUACAAAUGCACCUACACCUACUCUGUCUCAGCUCAAACGGACAGCAAGCUGUGGGUUAUUGACCGCGAGUGCUACCAGACUAUUCUUAUGCAGAGUGGUCUCAACAGCCUUUCUCAUUCAAUGGAGCUGCUUAUCAGCGCUCCCUUCCUCCAGUCUUUGCCAGAGGAUGUCAUCAUGAAAAUGUCUGACCUCAUGGAGGAGACACACUACACUGAAGGUGAUUACAUCAUACGACAAGGGGCCGCAGGAGACGCCUUUUACAUCAUUAGCAAAGGCCAGGUGAAAGUUACAGAGAAGAAGCCAGACCAUGAAGAGCAGGUUGUUCUUUAUAAGCUCUCUGAGAGACAGUGGUUUGGAGAGAAAGCUCUGUGGGGAGAGGAUGUUCGGACUGUGAAUGUUAUUGCUGCUGGUGAAGUUUCAUGCUUGGUCAUAGACAGGGAGACCUUCAAGGACGUCAUUGGUGGGUUGGUAUUUGACUGCAGUGAUGAGGUGCAGCAAAGCCCUGAAUUCAAAAUCGAGUCUGACAAGGAUGCUGAUCUCUUCUCAUCCACCUUAAGUGAUUUCCAGAUUAUCUGCGCUCUAGCAGUUGGGGAGUUUGGUCACGUAGACCUGGUGCAACUAAAGAGCAACAUCAAGUGUCUUUAUGUCAUGAGGGUCCUUAAGAAAAAGCUGAUCCUCAGCAACAGUCUACAAAAGCACAUCUUGAGAGAAGGGCGCAUCCUAAUGGAGGCUUAUUGUCCAUUCAUAGCCAGGCAGCAUAAAACCUUCAGAGACACAGAGUGCCUGUACAUUCUGACAGAAGCUUGUCUUGGUGGUGAUUUAUAUAGUCUACUCAAAGAAAAUGGCCGUUUGGACGAAUGCAGCACCAGAUUCUACACGGCUUGUGUUGUUGAGGCCUUGACCUUUCUUCACUGUCGAGGUGUCAUGUAUAGAGAUGUCAAGCCUGAAAAUGUUGUUCUGGAUGAGCAUGGUUAUGCCAAACUGAUUGGUUCCAGAUGUUUAAAGAAGGCUGACAUGGGAACGAAAACCUGGACAUUCUGCGGGACAGCGGGCUACAUGGCACCUGAAAUCAUCUUAUUCAAAGGUCACAGUGUCUCUGCAGACUUCUGGUCAUUGGGCAUUUUUGUGUUUGAACUUCUGAGUGGUGGGCUCCCAUUCAGCGACACUGAUCCGAUAAAGAUUCUCACUGCAACCAUUCGUGGUAUCGAUCAGAUCGACUUUCCGAAAACCAUCAGCAAAAAGGCCUCCAGUCUAAUAAAGAAACUGUGCAGGACCAAUCCCUCGGAGAGACUGGGCAGUCAGAGAAAUGGGGCCAAGGACAUUCAGAAGCACAAAUGGUUUGACGGAUUAAACUGGGACGGACUCUGUAAAGGCUCAUUACACCCUCCAGUUAUUCCCAAAGUUAAAUAUGCUUUUGACAGCAGUACAUGUGGUCACUACACUGAGGGCUCAGUGGAGCUGAACACAAACUGGGAUGAUUUCUGAUGGAUCAGCUGUGAACUGGAAACAAUUUCAGGUUCAGGCACAUAUUUUCAGACACAAUUCUUUUCAGUAUCAGUAACUGCAGAUAUUGUUUGAUACAUUAACCAUGCUGCCUGCUGUGGUGAUCUUAGA